AUGCCCAGACCAGGACGAUACGUGCUCCUCAAUAAGAACGAUGAACACUCCGACAGUUGCGAGUCCGAAUCAGAUGCAGUGAGCGUGGAACUCAGUAUCUCGAAUCAUGACGCUACUGAAGAAUCCCAUUGCGACUCGCUUGAAGAAAGGCAUUCGAAUACGGUCAUCCGACCAUCAGGAGAUAGGUCCCAAAUUUUCGAAACCGUUCAAGAUGAACUGGUAGAAACUUUCAAUCAAGCAUCAAGUUCAGAAACCUCCAAUCAAUGUUCGACGGGAUUAAGCCAAACUCCGCAACAGCAAAAUGCAAUAGAUCCCAUUGAAAGAUUCGGUAACUGGAUUUCUGAAGCACUUGCUGCAUUUCGGAAAGGUGAAGUACCACCUACCUUCACAAACGUCGAUCCUCUGUGUGAACCCAUUCAGCAAACUACGUCAGCUCCUGUCCAUGUAGAUCAGCCACGCUUCCCAGAAAAUGCACUUCCAGUUAUUUCCAAUCCAUCGGGCCAUAUUCGCUGGGAUCAUGUCCGACGUUACCCGGACAACGUUCCCGCGAAUAGGAUGUGGGAAUCGUGGUGCCGGUUCCAUCAGAAUUUCGAAAUGGCAGCUUCUCUUGGAAAUGCACAUUCCCCCAAGCAACGAGCCCAGCUUUUGUAUAUUUCCUUGAGUGAACAGCUCCAAGGAAUAGUAAAUGCGUUCUAUUUGAUGCCUAGCCUUUCAAGUCCAUCUUGCUACGAUGAGUUCGUUAAAAAUAUAGAAACGCAUCUCCUGUCUCUGACUGACACAUCGGCUGAACACGACAGUUUCCAGGCAAUGAGACAAGGCGCUGACGAAUCUGUCGUCACUUUCCACUCGAGGUUGGUGGAGAAGGUACGUCUUUGCGGUUAUAGUCGUGAAGAUCAACAAAAAUUUGUCAGAACACAACUCCUAAAAGGCAUCCUGAAUCGUGACGUUGCCAAAUUUGCACGCAUUAGUGGUUCCGAUGUUAACUUCAUCGUACAAUCUGCCACCCGCGAGGAAGCAGCCAAUAUGGACGCAGGCCCGUCUAACAACGCGUUUGCGGUCAACCAUAAGCGAAGCGCAUCGAAUCGCCAGCCGUUUAAAAGUAACGAUAACCUUCGGAAGCGCUUUAGAAAUUCAUCACCUAAGCGAUCUCGGUAUGAUGACGAAUCCACGCCAAACCAGCGUUCCCGUUGCCCGAAGUGUAACCACGCCUAUCAUCACUCUAGUAAAUGUCCCGCUCUCGGUAUGAUCUGCAAAAGAUGUGGCGAUAGAGGCCAUUUCGCCAGAUGUUGCCCAAGUCGCAGGCUAAGGGCAAUAGAAAUCGAUCCGAAAUGUUACGUAGCAUCUGAAAAAAAGGAGGAUGAAAAGAAUGUCUAUGCAUUAUCGCUCAAGGACGUCCUCAUCAAUUGUAGCGUGGGGCGUUCUAAGCCAAUCGAGUUUCUCAUCGAUUCUGGUGCGGAUGUUAAUAUAAUCGCCGGUAAAGAUUGGUUUCGCUUGAUAAAUGAAUUAGACCAGGGUCAGGUAGAGCUUCGUUUGAUAGACUUUUCUCAGUAUAAUAAUCUCCGAGCAUAUGCUUCCGAAACGCCGUUGACUCUGGAGUGUGUAUUCACUGCAACUGUCAAUGUCCUUGAAUACAGUAAACCAGAAGUUCAGGCAGAGUUUUUGGUGGUACAGAAUGGUCGUCGCUCACUUCUCGGUCGAUCGACCGCAAGUGAUCUAAGAUUGCUAGAAGUUGGAGCAACAGUCAACUUAUGUGAAACGCAUCAUGAAGCAGGCACAUUCCCUAAGGUACCGGGUGUAAAGGUCAAGUUCGUUAUAGAUAAAAAUAUUCCUCCUGUGCGAAACGCUUACUAUAACGUUCCUGCAGCACUCCGUGAUGGAAAUGAAAUGGAAAUGGAAGCCAAAGGAAUAAUAGAAAAAGUAUCCAAAGCACCCGAAUGGAUAAGCGGCAUGUCUGCGGUGCCGAAAGGUAAAAACGACUUUCGGCUGGUGGUAAAUAUGCGUGCCCCAAAUAAGGCUAUUAAACGGGAAUACUUUCGUUUGCCUUUAAUAGACGAAAUGAGGGUGAAGCUCCAUGGAAGUAAAUUUUUCUCCAAAUUGGAUUUAAGUAACGCGUUCUACCAUUUGGAGCUCGAUGAUGAAUCAAGAGAUCUCACUACUUUCUUAUCUGAGGGGGGCAUGUAUAGGUUUACUCGACUUAUGUUCGGUGUAAACUGCGCCCCUGAGGUGUUCCAGAAAGAGAUGAGCCGAAUAUUAAAUGAUGUAUCCAACGUUAUCGUGUACAUCGAUGAUAUACUCAUUUUCGGAACAAGCUUAGAGGAGCUCCGGUUAACAGUUUCAGUCGUGAUAAAGGUCUUAGAAGAAAACAACCUAACGCUGAACAAAGAAAAAUGCGAAUUUGACAAAACCGAAAUAAAGUUCUUGGGACACUUGCUUGACCAACGUGGAUUCCAUAUUGAAGACGAGAAAAUCAAGAAUAUACAACAGUUUCGGGAACCAGUCACUGCAUCAGAGUUACUGGCAACAACCAAGACUUGGAAUUGGGGCCCGAACCAAAUCAAAGCCUUCAAAGAGGUUAAAGAAAAAAUCAUCAAAUGUACAACAACACUAGGAUACUUUACCAACAGCGAUCGCACGAUCUUGUACACCGACGCGUCUCCAAAUGCGCUAGGAGCAGUCCUAGUGCAAGAGGAUAAAAAGCACGUAACAAGAAUCAUCAGCUUUGCAUCCAAGGCUUUAACGGAGACGGAAAAAAAAUAUGCUCAAAACCAGCGUGGAGCUCUUGGUGCCGUUUGGGGUGUGGAAAGAUUUUCCUUUUUCCUCUUUGGCUGA